ACUGCGGAAGUUCUCUCAUGCCCAGUAGAUACCCGCACUAGUAUUCUCUUCAUAAGUGCUUCAAUUGGAUCUUCCUUUACUAACCUCGGGAGUUCACUCAUACCCAGAGCAGAGAGAGCAUGUCAGCCGUCUCCUUAUCGACCUUGAUGUGAUCCGUCUUGAUGGCGAAUUUAUCGGGGACGAAGUCCCUGCGUCGCUCCCGCCCCGCGUCCUGCAACUUGAGCGAGGUGCCCCGAACCCGACCCUUCUGGUUGCGCUUCAUGAGAAGGGUCGAGAAUCCGGCAAUCUGGUAUCAAAGGCGCUUGGAAGGGAUUAGGGCAACCUCAUCGAGUAGAUCUUCUUGUUGGUGUGGAAAUCAAGAGUCAUUCUCGAGUAGCAGCAGCUCGAUUACUUGCCGAGAUGACUUCUUCACCGUCUUGGUUUGGACUCGUCCGAUGGCUGCUCCUGCUUCACUCUUUAAAUGCUGAGUCCUUGCUAAUUUUAUUUCAGUUUCUCCUUCUGGACUAUUCUUUAUGUAGGAGUGGAAUGGGUAAUUGUUCAAAUGAACUGCAAAAUGAUAAUGGGCCAACUGUCUUGAUUAUUAAGGAUAAUGAAGGAUAUAUAUAUAUAUGGGGGUUAUGCUUCCCAGCUUUGGGAGAGGCAUAGUGAUUUCUAUGGAGAUAUGAAGUCUUUUCUCUUUCAGCUCCAUCCAAAGGCAUCUACAUUCAGACCAACUGGGACCAACAACAAUUUACAAUGGUGUGCUGUGAGUUUCAGUUCAGAGACCAUUCCAAAUGGCAUUGGGUUUGGAGGGCGAGUUAAUCACUUUGGCCAUGUUCCUCUCAGCAGGCUUUGAUCAGGGACACAUUUUCUCUUGCACAACAUUCAACAGCCCUUGCCUUUCAAAGAACAGUAAAAUCUGCUGAGAACUGAUUAGAAUGCUGAGGACUAGUGAGGAAAGGAAAACAAGAAGAAAGACAAGAUGCUCCUAAAGGUACUGUGUUAGAAAGUUUUAAGGAGGACCGGAGUAUGCUCGGUAUGGUAGGGAUUGCUAAUGCUAGUGAGUAAAUGUGAUCAUCUUUGGCCCGCACUUUUGGAUGUGGCUUCAACAUUCUGAUCAGUGCUUAAGACUCAUUUUCAUCAUUUUUGCAAGUUUGAAUGCAACAACUUCAGCGGUAACACUCAAAGCUUCAAAAUCAAAUCUAAACAAAACAGAUAUCUUAAUACAUACUUCGCACUUUGGACCUAUUCUUUACAGCAUUUGUGCUUUGGUUGUCAUUUUCUUUGCAACAUAUAGUAACAUGCCUCUCUAACUCUUCAGCACCUCCUUCACCAGAAUCACCACAGCUUCUCCUUCUUUAGACUUUGCUGGAGGUUCUGCGAUACCAAGGUUACAUCUAACGUGGACUUUAUCUUUGAAAGAGCUGGCAUUUCUAGCAAGUACGUACUUUUUUUUAUUCUUCAUCUUCUAAAGCUCCCCGGGGCUUAGGAUUUGGCUACUUGGUCCUUCCAAGUAAUUUGAUGC